UUUGAAGCUCGCGUCAUGGCCGAGAGUGCUUCUCCACCAUCAACAUCCGCAUAUUUCGAGCUCAGCUGGGCCAUCCUCAGCACCAUCGGACUAGCCAACGUCGUCCAUGGUUUUGUGGUCAUCGGCAUCAUUGGCUGGUCCCGUAUUGUAUUUGUACCCAUCACCGUCUCGGCCGCCGGAGCCCUCGCCAAUGGGCUGUGUUACUACGCCUUCUACUCCAACCACGCGCUGGAGGGGAAGCUUGCUGCUUCUGCCUUUGGUGAUUUCUUCUGGCUGAUAGAAGAAGCCGGCCUAUCGUUGUACAGCUAUCUCAUCCUCAUCAAGAUUCUUGACUUUCGCAGUCGAGUUGUGUUUCAGGCCUGCUACUGGGCAAUAAUUGUGGUCGUCUCCGCCUUGAAGCUCGCCAUUCUCUACUACCGUAUCCGAUUACUGUUAGCCCCAUCCGACGACUUGAUAACCCUCAUCGGCCGCUUGCACAUUGGUUACUUUGGCGGCAUCGCGGCAGCGGAAUGCAUCAGUGCCGCUCUGCUGUUGAGACACUUCGGCUCCGCGUAUCGGACAUCCACCGUCAUUGCGCUGCGUGGCGGGCUCUUCAAGUAUUUGAUGCGGAGCACCGAAAUACGUGUCGCAAUGCUCUGCUUGAUUGGUGUUUCCCGAGCGAUAACAUAUUCGUUCCAGGCCACCGCGCAGAGUGCGACUACCUUGGCGGGGCAGUUUGAUCGCUUCGCGGCGACCUUGGAGAUGCUUUUCCCGGUUGUCAUGUAUAUCGACCUUUUGGCAUCGCGACUCAAGUUCGCAGACGACGUACGGGCGAACUCAACAAGCCUCCAAAGAUGCUCAACCAGCGGAUCAAGAGUCCAUCGCCGGCCAGCAAGUGGCUUGAGGAACACUGAUACAUGGCAUCUCGAAGAUCGUGAAUAUGGCAUAGAGAUGUCGUGUAGGAUGAAGAGGAGCGACGAAUCGAUGAUCACGCAGGCGGCACCUCAGACGGGAAACAAAUGA